AUGAAUUUACAAUUACAAGAUCCCUUUUCAGUUGCAAAAGAAUUUCCUGAGAAUUUAUCAACAACUUUAAACUAUGGUCAUUCAGUAGCAAUUCAAUUCAAUCAUAAAGGAGACUAUUUAGCUUCUGGAUUAUCAGAUGGAUCAAUUGUAAUAUAUGAUAUGGUUUCAAAUGGAUUAAUAGCACAUAUUACAGAACAAUGUCAUGUUCGACCGAUAACUUCUAUAACUUGGUCAACUUGUGGAAGAUACCUUUUAACAUCAUCUCAAGAUUGGUAUUGUAAAUUAUGGGAUUUAAGUAAAAUAAAUAAAAAUAAUGAUGAUUCACCUGUAAUACGACAAGUUAAAUUUGAUGGACCUAUUUGGCUGGCAAAUAUUCAUCCUGAAAAUCAUUUUGUUUUUAUUGCAUCUUUAUUAGAUGAUUCACCUGUAUAUGUUGAUUUAAAAGAUGAAAAACCGAUUGUUAAAAAAUUAAGAACAAAUCCUUUAGAAAAUGGAAAUGAAGAACAAGAUGGAGUUGAAACACCAUUGAAAAAGAGGAGGAAAAAAGACAAUACAUCAAAACAAUCAACAUUAGUAACAGCAUUUACAGAACAAGGGAAAUAUAUAUUCACAGGUACAAGUAAAGGAUGGCUUAAUAUUUUUCGAACUAAUGAUUUAAAAUUAAUACAUUCUGUAAAAUUAGCAAAUUCAAAUAUUAAAAAUAUUUCAAUAUCACCAAAUCAACGUAAAUUAGCAGUAAAUUUUUCAGAUAGAAUUAUACGACAAAUUGAUUUACCAGAUUUAAUGAAUGAUGAUAAUGAUACAACUGAAUGGGAUUUUGAUAUUGAUCAUAAAUAUCAAGAUGUUGUAAAUAGAUUACAAUGGAAUUCAAUAACUUUUAAUCAUAAUGCAGAAUUUUUAAUAGCUUCAACUCAUGGUCAAUCUUCACAUGAUUUAUAUUUAUGGGAAACUUCAAUGGGUUCAUUAAUUAAAAUUUUAGAAGGUUCAAAUGAAGAAUUAAUUGAUGUUAAAUGGAAUUAUAAUAGAUGUAAAAUAGGAUCAAUUGGUUUAGAUAGUGGAUCAAUAUAUAUUUGGUCAAUUCAAUUUCCUCAAAAAUGGAGUGCUUUAGCUCCUGAUUUUGUUGAAGUUGAAGAAAAUAUUGAAUAUAUUGAAAAAGAAGAUGAAUUUGAUAUUUUAGAUGAAUCUGAAGUAAAUAAAAAGAGAAUGGAAGAAGAAGAUUUGGAUAUUGAUGUUAUAACUAAAGAAACUACUGAUGCAAGAGGAUUUGAUAUAACUAAGGAGUCUUUUAUAAUACCAAUAAAUUAUGUGUAG